AUGGCAUCUUCAUCCGCUGCGGCUCAUAUAUGGAAGUAUGAAGUGUUCCUUAGUUUUAGAGGCAAGGAUACACGCAAUAAUUUUACCAGCCAUCUUUAUGAUGCUUUGUGUCGCAAGAAAAUCAAGACCUUCAUUGAUGAUGGCCUUGAAAGAGGGGAAGAAAUUACCACAGCGCUCUUGAAAACGAUUGAAGAAUCAAGAAUUUCUGUAGUAAUUUUCUCAAAAGACUACGCAUCUUCUUCGUGGUGUGUGGAUGAACUGGUGAAAAUACUAGAAUGCAAACAGAGUUAUGGGCAGAUUGUUUUACCAGUCUUUUAUCAUGUAGACCCGUCUGAUGUCGAUGAACAGACGGGUAGUUUUGGGAAUGCAUUUUCUGAACUUGAAAAAAAAUUUAAGGGGAAGAUGGACAAGGUGCCAAGGUGGAAGACGGAACUGACAAAUGCAGCCAAUAUAUCUGGAUGGGAUUCGCAGGUCACUAGUCCGGAGUCCAAACUCGUAAGAGAAGUUGUGGAAACAAUUUGGAAAAAGCUGAAUCGUGCAUCCCCGAGUGAAUUAAGAGAAAUGGCUCAUGGAAUUGUUCGACAAGAAUCCAUUAAAGAGCGAGGAGGACGAAGCAGAUUAUGGAGUCCUAAAGAUGUUUACCAAGUGUUGACCAAAAAUUUGGGAACUGGAAAAGUUGAAGGGAUAUUCUUUGAUGUUUCAAAAAUAAGAGAAAUGGAGUUGAGUUCUAGAGCCUUUGCAAGGAUGUAUAAUCUUAGGCUGCUAAAAAUUUACAAUUCUGAAGUUGAAAGGAAAUGUAUAGUGCAUCUUCGUCAUGGCCUCGAGUAUCUUUCUGAUGAAUUGAGUUUUUGUCCAGAGAACCUUGUUGAACUUAACCUAUCAUCUAGCAAGGUUAAGCAGCUGUGGAAAGGAGACCAGAAUCUCGGCAAUUUAAAAGAUGUCAACCUCAGCAAUUGUAAGAGCAUAACUUUCAUGCCAGACCUUUCAAAGGCCAGAAACCUUGAGAGGUUGAAUCUUCAAUUUUGUACAAGUUUGGUUAAGGUUCCUUUAUCUAUUCAGCAUCUAGACAAGCUUAUUGAUUUGGAUUUGAGACACUGCACAAGUCUUAUCAGUCUUCCCAGUAAAAUUAAUUCAAGACGUCUGAUGACUCUUAACCUUUCUGGUUGUUCAAAUCUAAAGAAGUGCCCAGAGGUCGCAAGGAAACUGGCGUAUUUAAAUUUAAAUGAGACUGCCAUACAAGAGCUUCCCCAAUCAAUUGGGGAUCUUAGUGAACUUGUUGCAUUGAAUUUGAAGAGCUGCCAACGCCUUGGGAAUCUUCCAGAAAACAUAUUUUUGUUGAAAUCUCUUCUUAUUGCUGACAUCUCUGGCUGCUCAUCGAUCAGCAGGUUUCCGGACUUUUCAAGGAAUGUGAGAUACUUGUACUUGCAUGGAACUGCAAUAGAAGAAAUUCCCUCUUCAAUUGGUGGUCUAACGGAACUCAUUUCUUUGGAUCUAAGUGGCUGCAACCGGCUAAAGAAUCUUCCUAGUACAAUUUCUAAGUUGGCAAGCCUUGAAAAACUUGAUCUUUCUGGUUGCUCAAGUAUCACCGAGUUUCCGAAGGUUUCAGGGAAUAUUAGGGAGUUGUAUUUAGAUGGGACGGCAAUAAGAGAAAUUCCCUCAUCAAUAGAGUGUUUGUCUGAACUUGCUGAAUUGCACCUACGAAAUUGCACAAAAUUUGAGUUUCUCCCUAGCAGUAUCUGUAAGUUGAAAUAUCUGCGAAGGCUUAAUCUCUCAGGUUGCCUUCAAUUUAAGAAUUUUCCUGAAGUUUUGGAGCCAAUGGAACGUUUGAGAUAUCUCUUUUUAGACCAUACACGGAUAAGAAAGUUGCCUUCACCGAUUGGAAAUCUGAUAGGACUGACUUGCUUGGAAGCGGGAAACUGCUUAUUUCUAAGGGGUAUCGAAUGUUUUCACUUGCAAUUGCCUGAGAUGGACUUGGAUUUAAAAUUUUUGCGUCAGCUAACUGUGCCCGAUGCUCCGGCAGAGACAUCUAGUUCCUGCUUCCCUGGUUGGGUAACUCCAAUGUGGUUUAGACAUCAAAGUUGGGGAUCCGCAGUAACAAUUCAGCUACCUUCGCAUUGGGCUGAUAAUGAGUUCUCGGGUUUCACUCUAUGUGCUGUUAUUGGAUUUGAAAUAAUUAAACUCAGUUUGCAAGUUAAAUGCACAUACCAUUUCCGCAAUGAGCAUGGCGAUUGCCAUGAUCUCUAUAGCUAUCUCCAUGGCUGGUAUGAUGAGAGGUAUAUCCUUGAAGAAGAACACUUGUUCGUGGGAUUUGAUCCUUGUUUGGCUGCUAUAAAAGAUGAUUUGUUUAGUGAAUACACUGAAGUCUCCAUUGAAUUCCAACCCGAAGAUCUGGACGGCAAUCUCUUACCAUUACAUUGUUGCCAAAUUGUUGAAUGUGGGGUCCGUCUGCUGUACGCAAAAGAUGAUAUACGACGCUCUGAUUUUAUGAUGCCAUCGUUCCAUCUAAAAAGUUUUUUGGAGUGGCUCAAUGUUCCAUUUACUUAUGCUUUAUGGGCUCGGGAUCAAGAUAGCUUGGAAUCAUGGUUCAAAGCCAAGAGGUCGCUUUAUGAAGCGGCUGACUUUUACUCAAAGAUUUUGAAAAAUAUUUUAUUGAAUCAAGGUUCAAACCCUAGAGGUCGCUUGAUGAUACGGAUGACAGUGAGUGAUGUAGGGUUGGAACUUGGAAGGCCUAUGUCCAUGGCAUUACC